UUUCAAUUUGGUCCAGGCACAAGACUCGAUAGACGAUCAGAAUGGUUUCCGGUCAAAAAGAUCUGGCUGAUUUUCCAGCCAACAAUCUUACGUGGAGAAUCUUGCACGAUGCCGCCGAAGGGGGUUACGCUGUUGGUGCUUUCAAUUGCUAUAACAACGAUGGUGUCAUGGCGGUCAUCAGAGCGGCUGAAGCCAAACGAUCUCCUGCCCUGAUUGAAAUCUUUCCGUGGACGAUGCAUUUUCAAGGCCCCCACUUUGUUAAAUACAUCGUGGAAGCGGCUCACGCGGCCUCGGUUCCGAUUGGGGUUCAUCUCGAUCAUUGUAUGGACCCAGCCGAUGUUAAGCAGGCCUUGAGCUUGCCCAUUGACUCCAUCAUGGUGGAUGCUUCAAGGCUGGAGCCAGAAGACAACAUUCGCUACUGUCGGGAGAUCACAGAGUUGGCCAAAGCCCAAGGCAUCACUGUGGAAGCAGAAAUGGGCCGUAUCAACGGCGGAGAGGACGGCAUCCCGGACGCUGGUCACUUAGAAGAGAUUUUGACCGAUCCUCAACACGCAGCAGAUUUCACACAGCGAACUGGUGUCCAUUUUCUGGCGCCCUCCUUCGGCAACAUUCACGGACCCUACCCUGAAGGCGGCUCCGAGAAAUAUUGGCAACUUGAUAGGCUCAAGUCAAUUGCCGACGCCAUUGGGCCCGCAGUCCCGCUAGUUAUCCACGGGACACACCCCGUGCCGGAUUGGCUUUUCCGUAAGGCCAUCGACACCGGCGCUCGUAAGAUCAACAUCAAUCGGAAUGCCCGGGAUGAAUACACCAAGUUUGUUGCUGAAAAUGCGGGACGCCUUGAGCUCACGGCUUUGAAAGAGCAGUCAGUGGCUAUCUAUCAGAAAUCUGUCGAAUCCUUGAUGGAUGUCCUUGGUUCGUCUGGCAGGGCUCCCUAGGCGGCGAAAGAUGCACGGCGCCAUAUUGGAGCCGAGCUGGACAAUAGGAAAGAAAUCUAGCCGCUAGGGCUUGGACGAACCUACGUCCGCUGCAUUUAUCUGUCCCCUGGUUGGUGGCCGCGACUAGUUUCUUGGCUAGAUAAAUCC